AGGAGAGAUGGCAAUCAGCUGAAGUUACCGAAUACGUCAGGAAGGAGGCUGAUUUCAGCUGGCUGUGAUUGGGAAGAUCAAUGCAAGGACAUUCCGAGUCGGAAACAGCCAAGGCAAAGACUCACAGUCCUGCUGAAGCUGCUCUAUAGCCCAGGCCCCAAGACUGUAUGGUCCCUGUGGCAGCAGCCAGUGUUGUUUCAGGAAGCAACAGCAUUUGAAGAUAUGACCAAAGAUUGGAAUUAUUUAGAAGGCUCUCAAAAGGAUUGCUACAGAGACACAAUGCUGGACAGUUAUGAGAACAUGGUCCCACAGGGAUCCUUCUUACAGUUCUCUAUGAUGCCUCAGAGAGCUGGAAAUGAUCCACCUGGGGUUUCAAAUGCAAGUGAAAUGGAAAUGGAGAUAAGUACCAUGAGAGAAAAGUUUCUUAUGAGUGUAACAAAAUUAGUAGAAAGCAAAAGUUACAACAGCAAGGUAUUUUCCAAAGAAAAGUACUUUCAAACAAUAAAGGAAGUUAAAGAAGCUAAAGAAAAAGGGAAGAAGUCAUCACGUGAUUAUCGCCGUGCAGCAAAAUAUGAUGUGAUCUCUGUACAGGGCACAGAGAAACUGAUAGAGGCUACUCAUGGAGAACGUGAUCGAAUACGGUAUUAUGUACAUAAAGAAGAGUUGUUUGAUAUUCUUCAUGAUACACAUCUUAGUAUUGGACAUGGUGGGCGGACACGCAUGCUCAAGGAGCUGCAAGGAAAAUAUGGGAACGUCACCAAAGAAGUUAUUGUCUUAUAUCUGACUCUGUGUAAACAGUGCCACCAGAAGAACCCAGUACCCAAGAGAGGCCUUGCACCAAAGCCCAUGACUUUUAAGGACAUAGAUUCCACAUGCCAAGUUGAAAUACUUGACAUGCAGUCAAGUGCCGAUGGUGAGUUCAAGUUCAUUUUAUACUACCAGGACCACUUAACCAAGUUUAUUAUUUUACGGCCAUUAAGAACCAAACAGGCCCGUGAGGUGGUCAGUGUCUUGUUAGAUAUUUUCACAAUUCUUGGUACACCCAGUGUGUUAGACUCUGACAGUGGUGUUGAGUUCACAAACCAGGUUGUUCAUGAGCUCAAUGAGUUGUGGCCAGACCUAAAGAUUGUGUCUGGUAAGUACCACCCUGGCCAAAGCCAGGGCUCCCUGGAAGGAGCAAGCCGUGAUGUAAAGAACAUGAUAAGUACCUGGAUGCAGAGUAACCACUCACGUCACUGGGCCAAAGGCCUCCGAUUCAUGCAGAUGGUGAGGAAUCAGGCUUUCGACGUUUCCUUGCAGCAAAGUCCAUUUGAGGCAAUGUUUGGUUGUAAAGCCAAAUUUGGGCUAUAUUCCUCAAACUUGCCCCGGGAAACUGUGGCUACUUUACAAACGGAAGAAGAACUAGAAACUGCCGAAGAACAGCUAGAAAAUAGCCUUUGGAUCAGGCAGGAAGAAAGGGCUGAGAUUGGAGCAGACAGAUCUGAUAUGGACGAUGACAUGGAUCCCACUCCUGAAGCUGCAGAACCCAGCACCUCACAAGGGACUUCCAGUCUCCUCUGCUGGUGAAGAGAUGGCUGCUGGGUGGACAUUCACAGGUGGCUCUCUGAGCAGUCAUCUGAGAACUGUUGCCAGAGGUCCCGGGGGAAAGGAUUGAAGGCUGCACUCAGGUCAAGUUGUACAUGGUAGUCCUUGCUCAAAAAGGGAAAAGUUUGAGUCUGUGUAUUUAUUCUUAGGGCUGCCAUAAAAAGUUACCAACCUGGCCGGGUGCAGGGCUCAUGCCUGUAAUCCCAGCACUUUGGGAGGCCGAGGUGGGUGGGUCACUUGAGGUCAGGAGUUCAAGACUGGCCUGGCCAACAUGAUGAAACCCUGUCUCUACUGAAAAUACAGAAAUUAGCUAGGCUUGGAGCCGUGUGCCUGUAAUCCCAACUAACUGGGAGGCUGAGGCAGGAGAAUCACCUGAACCCAGGAGGCAGAGGUUACAGUGAGCCGAGACCAUGCCACUGCACUCCAGCCUGGGUAACAAAGCAAGAUUCUGUCUCAAAAAAAAAAAAAAAAAAUUAUCACAACCUGGGUGACUUAACAGAAAUUGAGUCUCACAGUCUGGAGGUCCAAAGUCUGAAAUUAAAGUGUUAGUAAGGUAGGUUCUUUCUGGAGGCUCUGGGGUAGAAUCCAUUCCAUGCCUUUCUCCUUUCUCUAGUGUCCAUUGGCAAUCCUUGGCAUUCCUUGGCUUGUGACAGCGUAAGUCCAGUCUAUGCUUCUAUCUUCAUGUGGCCUUCUCCCCUGAGAAGGCCAUAAUUUUUUAUGGCAGCCCUAAGAAUAAAUACACAGACCCGAACUUUUCCCUUAUUGAGCAAGGACUACCACGUACAACUUGACCUGAGAUACACAAGAAUACCUUGUGUGUAUUCUUUCCUGUCUCUUGUAAAGACAUUAUUGGACACCAAAUCCAUGUCACUGGAUUUAGGGCCCACUCUAAUGAGGAAGAUCUCAUCUCGAGAUCCUUACCUUAAUUAGAUCAGCGAAUACUCUUUCCAAGUAAGGUGACAUUCACAGGUACUAAGGACCUAAACUUGGACUUCUCUUUUUUUUUUUAAUUUAUUUUAUUUUUUUAGAGACAGGGUUCCUUAUAUUGCCCAGGCUGGUCUCAAACUCCUGGGCCCAAGGGACUGGCCUCCGAAAGUGCUAGGAUUACAGGCGCACGCCACCACACCCAACCAGGACUUUUUUUUUUUUGAGACGGGGUCUUGCUCUGUCGCCCAGGCUGGAGUGCAGUGGCACAAUCUGGGCUCACUGCAGCCUCCGCCUCCCUGGUUCAAGCAAUUCUCCUGCCUCAGCCUCCCCAGUAGCUGGGACUACAGGUGUGCACUGCCACACCCAGCUAAUUUUUUUUUUUUUUUUUUUUUUUUGUGAGACAGAGUCUUGCUCUGUUGCCCAGGCUGGAGUGCAGUGGCAUGAUCUGGGCUCACUGCAGCCUCCGUCUCCCAGGUUCAAGCGAUUCUCCUGCCUCAGCCUCCCGAGUAGCUGGGACUACAGGCAGGCACCCCCAUGAACCCAGCUAAUUUUUGUAUUUUUAGUAGAGACAGGGUUUCACCAUGUUAGCCAGGAUGGUCCCGAUCUCCUGACCUCGUGAUCCACCUGCCUCUGCCUCCCAAAGUGCUGGGAUUACAGGUGUGAGCCACCACGUGCAGCCGGACUUACAUGUUUAAGAGACACAGUUCUCAUUAUAGUCAAUAGAAGAAUAUGUCUGCAAAACAAGAACUGAUGGAUGAGGUCUCAAGAAUGUAAAGCUGGUGGGACUGCCCUAGAUAAAUCUAAUACAUAUUCCUGCCCCUCAGACACAUACCUUAAAACAUGGAGGCAUCACAGGAAAAUAAGUAGAUGAAGGAAGGCUGGGCACGGUGGCUCAUGCCUGUAAUCCCAGCACUUUGGAGGCUUAGGUGGCCGAUCACUUGAGGUCAGGAGUUUGAGACCCGCCUGGCCAACAUGGUGAAACCCCGUCUCUACAAAAAUACAAAAUAUUAGCCGGGCACAGUGGCAUGCACCUGUAAUCCUGGCUACUCAGGAGCCUGAGAUGGGAAGAUCCCUUGAACCUAGGAGGCAGAGGUUGCAGUGAGCCGAGAUCUCACCACCGCACUCCACAGCCUGGGCGACAGAGCAAGGCUAUAUCUCAGAAAAAAAGUAGAUGAAGGAAAAGUAAUAGGAAGAAAAGAGGUUCAUCUAAGAUGCCCUAGAGACUGGCCACCUUACCAACUGCGCUCUGUUUCCCGCUUCAGGAGAAACUGUAUGUGUCAUCCCUUUUCUCAGAGCAUUAUGCACAGAUAAUUGUGUAACUGCAUGAAACAUGUAUUAAAAUUAGGUCAGAAGUAAGGUAUGGUUGGAAUUUGGGUAUGCGUCUGCACUUGUCUGUGUCUCAAGCACUUAAAAACAUAUCCUAUUCCUGGCAUAGUUCAGUGCAUUUCGGGAAGUGACCAAUAGUCAGGGAAAUAAUCAAGGUUUCUGGAACAAAAUGCAAGAGUUGGCCUGAGAUCACUGCUCUACCUAGAGAGGAGCAGGGCAAGGCCAGUCUGGGUCAUGAUUCAGAGUAAGGAUGACUGACCCAGCCACAGGGGAAGACAGUGCCCAGGACCUGUGUACUCCUACGUUCCCAACGCCUAAGAGUGCCCAGUCCAUGGAAGGUGUUCAGUGAAUUUAAUGAAUAAAUGAUUCUACAGAAAUGGGCACGGGGAAGGAGAAAGGGCCUGCAGUCUUUUAUUUUAUUAUUAUUAUUAUUUUGAGAUGGGAGUCUCGCACUGUCACCCGGGCUGGAGUGCAGUGGCACGAUCUUGGCUCACUGCAACCUCCACCUUCCAGGUUAAAACGAUUCUCCUGCCUCAGCCUCCCAAGUAGCUGGGAUUACAGGCGCCCGCCAACCAUGCCCGGCUAAUUUUUUGUAUUUUUAGUAGAGACGGGGUUUCACUAUGUUGGCCAGGCUGGUCUCGAACGCCUGACCUCAUGAUCCGCCUGUCUCGGUCUCCCAAAGUGCUAGGAUUACAGGCGUGAGCCACUGUGCCUGGCCAGUCUUUUAUUCUUUAUACAAGUGUCCUUCCUGCACAUCCCAGAGCCAUCUAAGACCCAUUCUGAUCAUCACUAAUGCCAGUUCCCUCUUCUGUAAGGGGCAGUAACACCACUGGUGCUGCCUACUUCACAGGAUUGUCCUGAGAGACCAGCGAGAUUCUGCAUGUGAAGGGGCUUUCUCUGUGGAUAGUGAAGUUCUACAGUGUGACUCAUCUUUGCAGACCCUGUCCUCCAUGUGACAGUGGGAGACCUCUGCUCAUUGCCAUUUCUUUUCAGAUUCUGCAGUGUUAAGUUGGAAGGUUUCCACAGAAGCUGCAUUAUUAUUACAUAGGAAGUGACAUCACUCUCCAGCUUGUUUUGGGGGACCAAAAUCUUGCUAUGUUCUUGGCCAGCACCUCACUUUCCAUCCUCCUUCCAACCCAUUGUCUUUCUUUGUAACUCCGCCUAACAGGUCUGGGAGGUCCAACUUUGAGGAUGUUGGACCUUCCCCCUCCCCAGUGCUGACCUCCUCCCUCCUAGUUACUUGGCAUACCGGGAACCACAGCAUCAACUCCUGUGGGUAAAAGGUGACACAUGAGCCAUAACACUGCUUGCUUUCCCAGAGAUGCCUGGGUUUCCAGGAGCUGCCACAUCACUCUUCCUCUUUUGCAUCUUAAUGUUGGCAGUGGGAAAGAGUUAGAGGUGGAUUACUGGACCCAGUCUCGCCUGCAUUAUUUGGGCAUCUGGAAUAGAGGUCACUAACCGGUGUGCCACAGGCUAGUCUCAGCUUGCAAAUAUAUUUUGGCCACAUAAUGUUUUUAAUUUUUUUUUUUUUUUAAACAGAGUUUCGUUCUUGUCGCCUAGGCUGGAGUGCAAUGGCGUAAUCUCGGCUCACUACAACCUCCACCUCCCGGAUUCCAGUGAUUCUUCUGCCUCAGCCUCCUGAGUAGCUGAGAUUACAGGCACCCGCCACCACACCUGGCUAAUUUUUGCAUUUUCAGUAGAGACGGGGUUUUGCCAUUUUGGCCAGGUUGGUCUCAAACUCCUGACUUCAGGUGAUCCACCCACCUUGGCCUCCCAAAGUGCUGAGAUUACAGACGUGAGCCAUGGUGCCCGGCCUUUUAAAUUUUUUUUUUAAUUAAUUGCCAACACUUUAAACACUGGAGAGUUCAUAUAAAAAUCUGGAUGUCUAGCACCUCUUGAGAACUCGGCAUAUGUGGCCACAGUGGUUCCACAAUUUCUGCACGGCAGCAAAUGAGACGCAGUGCAUGUGGCACUCUCCAGGUGGCCACCCUCAGCCACUCACAUGCAUAUGGAUUUCUGUGGCCCACUGCUGAAGAAAGGCAAGUGUGGGGCGUGGUGCCAUGCACCUGUAAUCCCAGCUACUUGGGAGGCUGAAGUGGGAGGAUCACUUGAACCUGGGAGGCCAAAGUUCAAGUGAGCCAUGAUCGUUACCACUGCACUGCAGCCUGGGUGACAGAGACCCUGUUUCCAAAAAAACAAAAAGGCCAGCAACAGACCUGUGUAUCUCUAGGAAUGAUAUGAUAGAAGUGGCAUUGCAAUCAGUGGGAAGGGUUGUAUUAUUCAGUUAAUGGUGCUGGAUCAAUAGGCUGUCCAUUUGACAAAAAUGAAGUCUGACCCCCUAAACAUUAAACAUUUAAUGAGAGGCCCACAUCAAGAGGAGCCAAAGCCCUGGGCCCUCAGCCCUGGCUGAGCUCUUAGCCAACAGACAGAACCAACCUACCAACCAUGUGAGUGAGCCAUCUUAAAAGGAGACUCCCCAGCCCCCAGUUCAUCAUCCAUUCAAUACUGUACAGAACAGAGACAAGCCCUGGCCAAAUUGCAGAGUCAUGUGCAAAAUAAAUGAAUGUUGUUUCAAGCCACCGAGUUUAGAGGUGGUUUGUUAUGCAACAAUACAUAACUGAUAGGCUAACUCUGAAAUGUCUUAAAUCUGUUACCAUCUCUCCAUUCCCCCAGGACAGGCCCUUGUUACCUUGGUUGAUUGGAGACAACCCACCUAGUGAAUCUUCCAGAAGUAAAGCUCUGCUUGGAAUACUAGUUAACACUACUGAAUACUGACUUACCUACAGUAUUAGUAUUGAGCUUUAAAUUCAUUUUCUUUUUUUUUUUUUUUUUUUUGAGACGGAAUCUUGCUCUGUUGCCCAGGCUGGAGUGCAGUGGCGUGAUCUCGGCUCACUGCCAGCUCCGACUCCCGGGUUCACGCCAUUCUCCAGCCUCAGCCUCUCAAGUAGCUGGGACUAUAGGCACCCGCCACCACGCCUGGCUAUUUUGUAUUUUUAGUAGAGACAGAGUUUCACCGUGUUAGCCAGGACAGUCAGUCUUAAUCCCCUGACCUCGUGAUCCACCCACCUCAGCCUCCCAAAGUGCUGGGAUUACAGGCGUGAGCCACCGCGCCCGGCCUUAAAUUCAUACAGCCCUACAAAGUCAGUUGAAGCUGAAGAAAUAAGUUUAAAUAGGUGUAUUAAGGACUUAAUUUUCCUGUCUUAGAAAGAAAGAAAGCUCAGAAAGUAAUAACUAGCCCAGGGUUCAAACCUAAGUGUCAAGUCCAAGGUCAGUGCUUAUAACCAUCUCCCCUGCUCAAGAAUCUCCAUUGGGCCAGGCACAGUGGCUCAUGCCUGUAAUCCAAGCACUUUGGGAGGCUGAGGCAGGAGGAUUGCUUGAGCCAUAGGGUUUGAUACCAGCCUGGGCAACAUAGGCAUGGUAUUAGUCAGGUUUGGUGGCUCACACUGUAGGCCCAGCUACUUGGGUGGCUGAGGUAGAAGGAUCUCUUGAGCCCAGGAGGUCAAGGCUGCGGUGAGCUAUGAUUGCACCACAGCACUUCAGGGGAAAAAAAAAAAAUCUGCAGUAGUUCCCCAUUAAUCACAGGAUAACAACUUAAACCUGGCAUCCAAGUUGGACUAUCAUAUGGUCCCAACUACCUUUGCAGCUUUGGAAUUAAGGCAUCAGGUCUAGGCACAUGAAUUUCCUGGUUGCACUUGUUUUGUGUAGGGUGGCAGGAAGAAACUCAGGCCGUCGGCUACUCUAGGCACUGCCAGAGUCACUUAUUCUUUCCAGAACUUGGCUUCCUCAUCUAAGGUGAGAGACAGUUGAACCAACUCGUUUUAAAGUUCUCUUCCAGUUCUGCUCUGUGUAGUGUGAAGACUGUGCUCUUGUACCUUUGUACUUCCUACCUCUUCUAGAACCCCAGCCUGAGCUUCCUGCCAGGGCACGUGUCCCCACUUCCGAGAUGGAGAGAAGAUGGGAGACUUAGAGAUGGAUGCUUUUGUGAAUGUUCUCUAUUUACCCACUUUUUCAGAACUAGCUUUGGCCUUAUAUUGUGGAAUAGAAUCUGCUUGUCUGCAGCUCUAGGGGUAGAAGGAACAAAUACUUCUGAGAUCCCUAUUACCAAUGGUUUUUUUGAGAGUAAGCACUGGAAUGUCAUUAGCACUGAGAAGGAAGGGCAGCAGGGGAGGCAACCGAGAAGCUCAGACUUACAUUCUUGCUUCCAAAUUAUUUUGCAUGCUUUCUGGACGUUAGUACAACAGACCAUUGAAGUAUGGUUUGCCAAGGUUAGGUUCAAUGACUGCAUGAGCCCAUUACCUCUGUAAUUACUUUACUAUUCUUCAAUUUGGUGACUUUGGGUUGUUGAAUUGUAAGGGGGAAAGGUUUUUUGUUUUGUUUUGUUUUUUUUAGUUUGUGAUUUACAGUUCUUCCUUCCGUUUGUUUUGUGGAAGCUUUAUAGAAAUUGAUUUGAAACCUGAGAUACUUUGAAAUAUAAAAGAGCAAGAAUUAUCCCAGGACUCUCAUUCAAAAAGUUGACUGAUGGCAAAACAAGCUUGUCCCUGGAAUCUUCAGAAUUUUCUUCAGAAUUCUAUCCCUUUGAACUUACUGAAUUUGGUUUCUUUUUUAGUUCCUGGUUCUUCCUUAUUUUUAUCAUGGUGCUAAUCUUUGUUUACCCAGGUUCUGACAUUUUUACCCUAGAAUUAAUUACCCCAGAUGGUCGACUCCACUGUGUUUUCCAAGCAAACAAAGAAGGCAGGAAAUGUGAGCUUCCUGAGCAAAUUGCCUUUCCGUUUUAAUAUGAGACUUGGCCUUUUAGAAUCAUAUUUUUCUUAUGUUUACUUUUCUUAGUUGUUAUUAUUAUUAUCACUAUUAUUAUCAUUUUGGUUUGGAUCUAGUUAGAGUUUCCCUUUUCCAUUUAAAAUUUGGUCCUGAUAUUUUGCUUUUUGCUUCCCCAUGUCUCAAUUUGUUAAAUCUUAUUGUUCUAUUUAAUUUGAAUUGCUUCAUCCUUUCUGUUGACUAGCUGCUUGCUCAGAAUAACUUUUCCACACCUGGAACUUUGGCGUAGGAGUUCUUUUCACUUUUAUGCAUUUCCCGCGACAUGACAGGGUGAGUACGUAGCAGACGAGUGGUUGCGAGCCUUUCCUCUGGGUUUCACACAGAUGGCUCACUCCUAAUUUUGGUGAGUCAUUCAGUGGCCAGAUGUUUGCCUCCUUCCUCCUCCCCACUCUACCCCCACAAUUUAGUGUACUGUUCUUUGAAUGACAUCCCCUCUGUUUUUGCCUCUCUUUCUCCUGUGCAAUGGCCAGAAUGCUGGAAAUGGCUGCCUUAAAUGUAGAGACCAUUAGGAUCUUGCUCAACACAGAACCCAGGUCACCUGUAAUAACACAGCUGCCUCCCAGUCCUGAAACCCCGCCUUUCUGCCCGGAAUGGGGUGCAGAGAACCAGUCCAGACACCUGAAACUGCCACCCUUCUUCAUCUGUAGGUGCAGGGGCCCUCUGUAUCAGGAAGAGAGCCUCUCUGAAAUCCACUGUCAUUCUGGGCUUUUCCUUGACCAGCUCUCCUUACCUACCCCCUUCCCUAGCCUGUCAGUUUUACUCAUUCAUUGGACAUUUAUAAGCACUAAGUAUGUACCAGAGAUCAGGCUGGCCUUUGGUGGUACCAACAAAGAAAGAGACUGCUAAAUGCAGAAAAAUGGGCACAGAGGAAAGACUUGUAAGUCUGUAAAGGAGUGCUCAGUGAGAAGUCACACAAGCUAAGUUUCGAAGGACCAUUUGCAGAUCACUGCUGAACAUUCUCCAUCCUGCCUACUUUGUAUUAGAGGACUUCUUGCAGGGGAAGUAUAAUCAGCAGGAUCCUCACUCAGAGACCUGGCAGACACCACCUUAACCCAGUGAUCAAAGUUAACCUCCCCAGUACAUGUACAACUACUGCUGCCCUGAUAGGAUGCACUGAGAACAUUUCUGUGUCAUUCUACCACAGAUGCGCUACUUGAAUCUAAUUAUGAAGAGACAAGAGACAAACCCAGAUUGAGGGGCAUUCAGCAAAAUAAUUGCCCUGUACUCUUUAAAAAAUGGCAAUGUUGAGAAAGACAAAGAAAGACUGAGGAGCUAUUCCAGUUAAAGUAGGCUAGAGACGUGGGAACCAAAUGCGAUGCAUGAUCCAGGAUAUUCUUUUAUUACAAUGAGCAUCACUGGGACAGUUGGUAAAAUGUGAAUAUUGUCUGAAGAGUAUAAUAUUGUAUCAAAGUUAAUUUCCUGAUCUUGAGGAUUGUACUGUGGUUAUGUAAGAGAAUGUCCUUGUUUUUAGGAAAUAGAUGUUGAAAUAUCUUGAGAUAAAGAGCAUUAUGUCGGCGACUUAUCAAAUAGUACAGGAAAAUGAGUGUGUGUGUGUGUGUGUGUGUGUGUGUGUGUGUGUGUAGAGAGAGAGAGAAGGGAGGGACAGAGAGAUACAAAACAAAUGCAGCUGGGUGCGGUGGCUCACGCCUGUAAUCCCAGCACUUUGGGAGGCCAAGGUGGGCAGAUCAUGAGGUCAGAAGUUUGAGACCAGCCUAACCAACAUGGUGAAACCCUGUCUCUACUAAAAAUACAAAAAUUAGCUGGGCAUGGUGGCACGUGCCUGUAAUCCCAGCUACUCAGGAGGCUGAGGCAGGAGAAUUGCUUGAACCCAGGAGGCGGAGGUUGCGGUGAGCCAAGAUCAUGCCACUGCACUCCAUCCAGCCUGGUGACAGAGCAAGACUCCGUCUCAAAAAAAAAAAAAAAAAUGCUGUAAAAUGUUGACAUUUGGGGAAUCUGGGUGAAGAGUGGGAAUUCUUUGUACUAUUCUUGCAACUUUUCUUUAAGUCUACAAUUACAUCCAAAAAAAGAUAGAAGAAUUGACAAGGUCCCACCAAAGAGGAGAGACAGCUUUGAACAUGGAAAUACAGGGCAGUAACUUGGCAGUUUGCUCUUUGGCCUGCGAAGGCAGUAUUCAUGUGAGUGAGAGUCACUUGUCUUCAAGUCCUGGCAUUUUAUGUAGCAGAUCCCAAAAGCUGCCUGAAAGCCCCCAGGCCUUGUGUCGUUUCCUCUUCUGUUCACAGGUAUCUUCCAGGCACUCACUAGAAUAUGGUGUCUGACAAGUUUCUCAGCUAACCAGGCAUGGAACCAGAAUUCUCAGAAAUACCAAGGACAGUUUCUAUCGCACUGACCAGGAUUCACCCUAGAGAGUGGUCCCCUACUGAGAACAAUUCUUCCUUUCCCCUGGCUACAAAAUCGGGAUUCCUGGCCUAUUUCUGCCAAAUGCUUUGUGGAAGCAGAAAAUCAUAAGCCUUGUGUUUUCUCCAUUAUAGAAAAUUAGGCCAGGUGCGGUGGCUCAUGCCUGUAAUCCCAGCACUUUGGGAGGCCAAGGCGAGUGGAUCACUUGAGGUCAGGAGUUCGAGACCAGCCUGGCCAACAUGGUGAAACCCUGUCUCUACUAAAAAUACAAAAAUUAGCCAGGCGAGGUGGCGGGUAUCUAUAACCCCAGCUACUCAGGAGGCUGAGGCACGAGAAUCACUUCAACCUGGGAGGCAGAGGUUGCAAAGAUUGCACCACUGUACUCCAGCCUGGGCAACACAGCGAGACUCUGUCUCCAUAAAAAAAAAAAAAAGAAAAGAAAAGAAAAAUAAUAUUCCCUCUUUCUUGGCCCUUGGUUUUUGGGGUGCUUUUUUAUUGUUUAAUAAUGGACUUUAUUUUUAUUUUAUUUUUAUUUUUGAGACGGAGUGUCGCUCUUGUUGCCCAGGCUGGAGUGGAAUGGUGCGAUUUCGGCUCACUGCAACCUCCACCUCCCGGGUUCAGGCGAUUCUCCUGCCUCUGCAAGUCUGUAGUUUACAUUAGGGUUCACUCUUUGUGCUAUGCAUUCUAUUGUGUUUGUUUGUUUGUUUGUUUAGAGACAGGGUCUCACUCUAUUGCCCAGGCUGGAGUGCAGUGGCGCAGUCGUGGUCCACUUCAGCCUCAAGCUCCUGAGCCAAAGCGAUCCUUCCACCUCAGCCUGCCAAGUAACUGGGACUACAGCAUGUGCCACCAUGCCUGGCUCAUUCUAUGGGUUUUGAUAAAUGUAAAAUUACAUGUAGCUACCAUUAAAGUAUUAUACAGAAUAGUUGCACUACCCUAAAAAUCCCCUGUACUUUAGCUAGCUAUUCAUCCCUCCCUUCCUACUCCCCAAACUCCUGGAAACCACUGAUCUUUUUACUGUCUAGUUUUGCCUUUUCCAAAAUGUUAUAUAGUUGGAAUGAUAUAAUAUGUUCCUUUUUCAGACUGCCUUCUUAUACUUCACAAUGUGAAUUUAAGGUUCCUCCACGUCUUUUGUGGCUUGAAUAGUUCGUUUCUUUUUUGCACUAAGUAAUAUUCCAUUGUAUGGAUAUAACACAGUUUAUGCAUUCACCUACUGAAGGAUAUCUUGCUUGCUCCUAAUUUUUGGCAAUUAUGAAUAAAGCUGCUAUAAAGA